ACCGAGAAUUCGAAAGUAGCCAUGUCAAUACACGAUCAAGCGGCGGCCGCCGUGCUAUCACAAAUAGCUAUGGCGGCGGAUGGCGCAUUUAUUGGCUUAGCCCUAGCUUACGUUGCCGUACGGAGUAUUCUCAAGUUCAAAGCCAACUCUUCGGCCCUUCACAAAAUCAACGACGCGCCGUCGCUUGGAGUCUCCGAUCUCCGUUCAUUACUCUCCUCUUCCGACAGUAAUGACAACUCUGAAAGUUCAAAUCAAUCCGACGACGUUAAGCUUGUGAUCAUUCGCGGUACUGUGGAGGCGAAAUCAGCCGUUGAGGGUAACUGGAAGAGCUUGAGAGCUAAUAUUCUCUCAGCCCAUAAUUCUGCUGAAAAAGGCGUUAUAUUGCAACACACCCAAACAUGUAUCUAUAAUGAGUGGAGAGGUUUCUUUUCAUGGGCUGGUGAUCUGUAUUCAAUAUUUCCAAGAGUCCGGAAGGACCAACAGUCAUCCUCUUUGAGAACGGUUCCUUUUGUUCUUGUUGAAACUGGGAAGUGGCCACAACCAGAGUAUGUUAAUGUAAAUAUGGAUGGCUCAAGGCAUCCCCUACCUCUUGUGACAGUUUAUCAUCACUUGCGGCCUUUACAUGCUACGCCUCUCACUUUCCUCCAGGCACUCUUUGGUCAUUACUAUCCUGUUGGAGUAUUGGAUGAAGAAAAAAUUCUACCACUUGGAAAAGAUAUAACCGCUGUUGGUGUUUGCAGUUCAAAAGAUGGGAUUUUGGAGAUCAAAUCAUGCGAGGACCUACCCUAUUUCUUGUCUGACAUGACGAAGGAUCAAAUGCUGGUAGACCUUGCCUUCAAAACAAAAGUUCUGAUGUGGAGUGGAGUUGUGUUUGGUUCAGUUGCAGUUGGUGUUCUUGGCUAUGCUGUUGUGAGGAACUGGAAUCGAUGGAAGCAGUGGAGACACCAGAGGCAGGCCCAGCAACAAAGGGAUUCUGCAAGCAAUGACGAUGAUUUGCAGGUUAGUCCUGAUGACGAAACUGGAGACGUUCCUGAUGGUCAGUUGUGUGUGAUAUGCCUUAUGAGGAGGAAGCGCUCAGCAUUUGUUCCGUGUGGACACCUGGUAUGUUGCCAGCGCUGUGCCUUGUCAGUUGAACGUGAUUUAGCACCCAAGUGUCCUUUAUGUAGGCAGACAAUUCAUAGUUCUGUAAGGAUAUAUGAUUCUUGAGGAGCAAAUAGUUAUGAGUUAUUUUGAGUA